UAUGUAAAAUUUGUGUAUUUGUAUUGGUAACACUGUAUUAGUGCUGGAACGCUCGAGGACGCUGUAUAAAUUUUAUAAGUCUAAUUUGUUUUAUCGCCAAAAAAAAAUCUAUUAUUCUUCUCAUAUGAAAUUAGUGUGCAUCAAAAGAUUAAAAGCAAAACGACGUUCGGAUUUCAAUAAAACUUAUUGAAAGUACAUUCAUCGUUGAACAAUAUAUAUAUAUAUUAAUCCAUCAAUGAAUAAAAUGAGCUAUCGUUUAUUAUUGAGAAGAGAUGAUUUGAGACUGCGGGUGAAAUAAUAAUAAAUGAGAUUUAUCAAAGAUGGCAGAAAAAAAAGAAAAACAUUAUAAAGCAGAGAGUUUAUCAGGUCGGAGCACGCUUAUGUCAAAAGCAGUGCGCGAGAUCAUGAUGAAAAACAAAGCCCGAGUUUAGUCGAAUAUUAUCGAAAAUUUGCGAAGCUACAACCGGUGUUGCUAGGCGGAUUGGUAGGGAUAGAGCCGGUACAAAAGUCGCGUCAUCGGUGCCGGGUGGCUUAGUGUCAGUCAGGCUUUAGUUCAUUGCUGGACGGUUUUGUUCAUAAAAAUUUGCCCGGAAUAAAAAGAAUUGUAAUUUUUUUUUUGCAAUUUAAAUUACUCGAAAAGAACAAAAAGCCGGCUUAACUAAAAAAAAUUGAAACGAAUUAAAUUACUAUUUUUUUAAUAGUUUUUCGACGAAUAGUGCAAAAAAAAAAAAACAGUGAAGUUUAUUUUUUUAUCAUCCUUUGUUUGAAAAAGAAAAAAAAAUUUCCACACUCAUGGAGGUUCUACCUUGUCCUGUCAAUGUCAACUUCAGCAACAAUAGAGCUGAAACCGUAACAGAUGAACUGGACGGUGCCUCUCAAGCUCUGGCAAAACGACUGGAAGCCGAAUUGAGAGCAGCGAAACAUGCUCAACUAGCUUGUGGUGAAGUUCUAUUACCAGCGGAUCUCCUUCCUAGAAUAGCUAAAGAUGUUUUAAUCAUGGCCGAAAAUGAACCCUGCGGUCUCAGAGGAUGCACAGUCUUUAUUAAUUUUGAGACUGACAACAUGUGCCGAAGGCUCUCGAGGAUUCAGUGUGAUCCACAUUCUGUUUCAACUUUUGAAAUUUUUCUUACUCUCAAACAAGAUCAUACAUCGUGGCAUAUAUUAAUUCCACAAUUUUUAAAAAAUCUAACUCGUGGAGGCACUAUCAUGAUAAGCAGGGAUUUUAUAUUGGAAAAAAAGAAACUCUACAGAUCUCAUCAAGACCAAUGAAAAAUUCAACUUUCUCUCGUCUAAUUUUUUUUUUUCUCGAUGUGUUGCGAUUCUAUUUUUUUUUUUUCGCCGAUUAUCACUUUUCGUUUUAUAAAGGUGAGAGAGAUUUACAUAUAUAUAUAUAUAUAUAUUAUUAAACGAAAAAACAGGUCAAGAGAAAAAAAGAAUAUCGUAUUAUCUAGGCGUUAAAAAAAAAAAAAAAGAAGGAAAGAUUUAGUCUUUUUUUGUGAAUUACUUGCCUGGGUUUUAUUUUUCUUUUUGAAGGGUGAUAAAAAAUUAUUAAAUCACCGCAUAAUAUUAAGAGAGAAAGAGAGGAAAAAAAAGAAGUAAAUUUAUUGUGAUAGUAAAGAAAAAACAAAUUCUAGUAAUGGUAGCUCUUCUGAGAAGAGAUUUUUUUUUUUUUUUGUCUUCAUUCGUGAAGAUGUAUCAUCAAGACUUUAACAAAUUUCACGUGAUAUGUAGUGGUAAUUAGAUGCGUAGAUAUUAUAGUGAUAAGUAGGUAGGUUUUUUUUUUGUCAUUUAAUUUUUACAUAUUGCCCACACUGACACGAGCGCUAUUGUAUAAGACAAUCGUAUCGACCAUUCUUUUAAUAAUUGUAAUAAUAAUAAUGCAAUUUUUGCCUUUAUAUACCUAUAUACAUAUAAAUAACCAUAUCGACUCCGAAUUCAUUUUCUUGAUUACAUUUUGGAGUAAUAUCAAAGAAAAAAAAUUUUCUUGCAUAAAAGAAACGAUUCGAAAUUAUAUUUUUUUUUUAGUAAUGGUUAAUUUAUAUUCUUUUUUUUUUUGAAUUGUCCGACAUACACCGAUCCACUGAUUGUAUUGUGAUAUAUAAUUUUUAAGUUAAAGCUGUCCAAUUGAUGUGCAGCUUUUUCAAUAAUAAUUAAAAAAAAAAUUUAACAACUUUUCUCGAAAUAGAAACGAAAAAAGUUGAUUUAUCACUGGAAAAAAAAAAUUUAUUCUAAAUUGUUAAAUUUGGAAUAAAAAAAUUUUUUUUCAGUGUAUAUUUGAAUGGAAAAAAAAGCUUGCACUCAAAAUUGCCAGUUGGCUAUGAUGUGGGCGAGACGAUUUUUUGCUAAAUCAGGUCCACUUUAUUCAUGUGAUCUUUAUUGUGUUGAAAAAAAAUAAUAAUAUUGAGUUGAAGAUAAUUAUUAUAUAUAGUAAAAAAAAAAAAUGAAAAUAACAAGUUAUAGUAGAGAACAAUAUAUAUUGAAAUAAAAAAAAAGCGAUAAAAAGCAUAUGUAAUUUAAUUUUUCACGUUUAACGAGAUGAUAUUAUAUAUCUUAUUAAGAUUUAAGAAUAUUAGAAUUGAUGAGUUAUAUAUUGUAACUAUAUGCUUUCUUAAUCCUUUUUUUCUCACUCUUUUUUUUUAAAGACCUGGAGUGUAGUAAAGAGCCAUCUAUAUGUUUGUUACAACAAAAGAAAAAUGUAUAAAUUUAUUUGUGCGCAAAAGACAUAUUUAUACAUUAUAUGUAUAAAAAAAGAAACCAAAGAGAUGUUCUUUGAUCUCAAAAAAGCGUUAACAAAGAAAUCGUCUCCUAAAAUGGUCGCUAUAUAUAUAUAUACUUGAUACUACACAUCAUAAUCGAGUUUUUUUUUCUCUCAUUUAUGUAUAGAGAUUUAAAAUUGUCUCCAUUAUUUAUUAUCUUUACAAAAAGAAAAAACAAUUUGCGUAUUUCGUAAAAAAAAAAAUAAUGUGUUAUUUCUAAUUUGUAAUAUUUACAACAGAAGUGACAAAUAAAUGAUUUAUUAAAAAAAAAAA